AAUUCCACUAUGGCGCUUCUUUAGCGGUGGCGCAUCAACGUCACUGCUCUUCGUCCGAUUAGAGGCCGCCGAGAAAAUUGGGAAAAGAAGGCUCCUGUAGUCGCUACUCCACAAAGAUAGCAGCCCUCGCACGUCUCCAUUCCUCUCCUCCUCGCCUUCACCUUAAAGAUGGCAUCUUGGGAUCAUUGGGUCGAGGCGGCACUCUCGAGGCUGGCUUCCAAGAAGCUCCUCCGCUCUACCCGGCCAAUCUCCGUUCCCUUGCCGCCAUCGCCGCGCGACCCCCCGGAGGGGCUCGAGACGUUCGACGGGCCACGACAUUGGGACCGGUCCUCGGUGGAGAUAGAAAUCGAGGAGACCACCUUGCGGGAAUGGCUCAACGAGCUCCCAAGCCCCGGAGGUGAAUUCAUUGGUGAAGAUGAGAAGGUCGGUGGGAAGCUGCUGCUUUUCUCGGGGAAUGAUUACUUGGGUUUGAGCUCUCACCCGGCCGUUCGAAGGGCUGCCGCAAAGGCUGCCCAAGAAGUCGGUAUGGGUCCGAGAGGCUCUGCUCUGAUCUGUGGUUAUACCAACUAUCACAGGCGACUUGAAGCUUCCUUGGCAGAUUUGAAGAAAAAAGAGGAUUGCCUUCUUUGUCCUACCGGCUUUGCUGCCAACUUGGCUUUCCUCUCUGCUCUGGGAAGUGUUAGCUCGCUUCUUGCUGUUGGCAGGAAACCAUCUAAGGAUGAAAGAAUUGCCAUAUUUUCAGAUGCCUUGAACCAUGCUUCAAUAAUUGAUGGGAUCCGUCUAGCUGAGCAGCGACAGGAAGCAGAAGUUUUUGUAUACAGGCAUUGUGACAUGUCUCAUCUCAAUGCUCUGCUAUCAUGUUGUAAAAUGGAGAAGAAGAUUGUCAUCACAGAUAGCCUGUUUAGUAUGGAUGGAGAUUUUGCUCCAAUAAGGAAACUUGUUGAACUUCGCAAGAAGCAUGGAUUUUUAUUGGCCAUUGAUGAUGCCCAUGCAACACUUGUUUGUGGAGAGAAUGGCGGAGGUGUACCAGAAGUGCAUGAGUGUGAAAAUGAUGUUGAUAUAUGCAUUGGCACCUUGAGCAAAGCUGCAGGCUGCCAGGGGGGUUUCAUUGCUUGCAGCAGCAACAAAUGGAAAAAGCUAAUACAAUCAAGGGGCCGCUCAUUCAUAUUUUCAACUUCUAUUCCGGUGCCCAUUGCUGCUGCUGCUCAUGCUGCUGUCACUGUGGCGAGAAAGGAGAAGUGGCGUAGAAUAGCAAUAUGGAGUCGAGUGCAUGACUUCUAUUCUUUAACCCAACUUAAUAUUACCAGUCCUAUUAUUUCACUGAUCAUCGGAACUGAAGAAGCAGCACUUAGUGCUAGCAGGCAUAUGCUUAAAUCUGGAUUUCAUGUGACGGCAAUCCGACCACCUACAGUGCCUCCCAACUCAUGCAGGUUACGGAUUACUCUGAGUGCUGCUCAUACUUCGGAGGAUAUUAGAAGGCUUGUAGCUGCAUUAUCUGGCUGGAUUCAAUUCCCAGCUCUUGAGCAGAAUUACCAAAUAGCUUCGAAGAUGUAAUAUUUUGAAGCAGCUGAUUUGAUUUUCCAUAUUUAAAGGAAAGUUUGUUCCAAAAGUAAUCCUUAUAUACCGUGAACUUCACAAGCAAUUCUUUUGUAGUUUCAAUAGAAAAGAAACAGUGAGAGAUAAGCUGCAGAUUAUUUAAAGCAUUUUGCUCCGUGUUGAUGGUGACAAUGAAGGUUGAAAAAAGAAUUGGCAAGGAAUGAUAUUUUAAAUC